AAAGGGGCUGCUGGCCAAGCCCCUGCCCCCACCCCAAACCCCCCAGCCACCAUGAGUGAACUAGAGCAGUUGAGGCAGGAAGCGGAGCAGCUGCGGAACCAGAUCAGGGACGCCAGGAAAGCAUGUGGCGAUUCCACGCUGACCCAGAUCACCGCUGGCCUCGAUCCGGUGGGCCGGAUCCAGAUGCGAACGAGGCGGACGCUGCGCGGUCACCUGGCCAAGAUCUAUGCCAUGCACUGGGGGACAGACUCCAGGCUUUUGGUUAGCGCCUCUCAAGACGGGAAGCUGAUCAUCUGGGACAGCUACACCACCAACAAGGUUCACGCCAUUCCUCUGAGGUCGUCCUGGGUGAUGACCUGUGCCUACGCUCCCUCCGGGAAUUACGUGGCCUGCGGCGGGCUGGACAACAUUUGCUCCAUCUACAGCCUCAAAACCCGCGAAGGGAACGUCCGCGUCAGCCGGGAGCUGCCGGGACACACGGGGUACCUCUCCUGCUGCCGGUUCCUGACCGAUAAUCAGAUCAUCACCAGUUCGGGAGACACAACCUGCGCCUUGUGGGACAUCGAGACGGGCCAGCAAACCACCACCUUCACAGGCCACAGUGGGGACGUGAUGUCCCUCUCGCUCUCCCCCGACAUGCGCUGCUUUGUCUCGGGCGCGUGCGAUGCUUCCGUCAAGCUGUGGGACAUCCGAGACAGCAUGUGCCGGCAGACGUUCACGGGACACGAAUCCGACAUCAACGCUGUCUGUUUCUUCCCCAAUGGGAAUGCCUUCACCACGGGUUCCGAUGAUGCCACCUGUCGCCUCUUCGACCUGCGUGCCGACCAGGAGCUGAUGCUGUACUCGCACGACAACAUCAUUUGUGGCAUCACCUCGGUUGCCUUCUCCCGCAGCGGACGCCUCCUGCUGGCCGGCUACGAUGACUUCAACUGCAACAUCUGGGACUCCAUGAAGGGCGACCGGGCAGGGGUCCUCGCUGGCCACGACAACCGGGUCAGCUGCCUCGGAGUGACAGACGACGGUAUGGCCGUAGCUACCGGCUCCUGGGACAGCUUCUUGAAAGUCUGGAACUGAACCCUGCCUUGGGGUGGAUGGGGGUGGGGCUGGUGGGAGAAAAGCUGGAGGCCCUUGGUGCCGCCCCCCCCCCUCCGGUCUCUGCCCCCUCUGCUGU